AUGACAAGUGAUCUCAUUUGACGCUCUAAGCCAGCGUCAAGCGUCAACAUGAAAUUGGACCUUUACUUUCGCGCAUUCAUUGGAACAUCACAGGCGCCAUUUUGUUAAACUAGGUUAGUUAUUGGAUGCAAACAAAUUGUACUUUAAUUUCUCAAAGUAUUAAUUCAAUUUGAAAUAUUCUGGAUAUAUUUGAGCAACAGAAAGGUAUAAAUGUGUAAAAUGUAAGGACAUGGCGAUUACUUGUUGGGCUCCCGAUUGUUGCCACAAUAAUAUGAAACAUGUAUGCAAGUUUUAUAGAUUUCCUCUAGAUUCAACGAUUCGGAAAAUGUGGCUUACUCUCUUAAGAAGAGAUGCAGAACCGGGAUCUGGGUCUAGAGUGUGCAGUUGUCACUUCCGAGAAGGGAACAAGAAUAAUCUUCCUGAAAUAUACAGCUACGAUAAAAGGAAAUUAAUUAAUGAACACCACUUCGCUCCAGAAUUAAUGAAAAAAGGGAAUAAAUGCAGUCCGUUAGGUGAAUCAAGGCAAGGACAAAAGAUUGUUUGUUGGGCUCCAGGUUGUGACCAUAAUAAUAUGAGGGAGAAGUGCAAUUAUUUCCGCUUUCCUCAAGAAGAUAAGAUAAAGAAUAAGUUAACAAGAAGUACUGCAAGUCCUGAUCCCGAAGCUUAUAUCUGCAGCUGUCAUUUUGCUGAUGGAAAAAAAGAAAAUGGUCCUAGUCUAUUCGAAUGUAAUGUAUUUUCGUUAUUAGAUAAAACUACGCCAGAAAAAAAUCUGAAAAUUGAGGGACACAUUCAAAGUUCUAGGAAAUUAGAGAGUAUUACUGUUUGUGCUGUUCCAGGAUGUACUAGUAUGUCUUCUGACAAGUGUUUGGAAUUUUUCCCAUUUCCACAAUCCAAAAUGAUAAGAUACAAAUGGAUCCAGUUUUGUGGGGUAGAUGCUAAAAAUCUAGAUACAAGGACAGCUCACAUUUGCUGCAAACACUUUGAAGAAAGCUCCUACAUAACGAAAAUUGAAAUUUUUGGGGAUAUAACAUACUUGAUAAGAGCUUUAUGUUAUGACGCUGUUCCAGUUAUUAAUAAUCCGAAUACGUCUAAAAUUUCAGUAGAACUCCAAGAGGACCAUCAAGGGAAAUCUGACUAUAACUCAAAUGUAAACCAAAAGACUGAGCAGCUAGUUACCAAAGUAUAUGGUGACAUUAAAACACAAGCGGAUUUACACAAAUUGAAAAUAUAUAAUGAGCUUCUUAAAAAGAAAAAUAAACUGUAUGAAAUCAAUUUGAAAGUGAAUCAGAAAAGAUUAAAAAGAAAAGAAGCACUUUUAGCGUCACUAGAGUCACAAGUAUCUAAAACAAAUAUUUUGUACGGAGAUGUUCUAGCAAAGGUUUUCUCACAAAGCCAAAUUAAACAUCUUUGUGGUCAUAAAAAGACGCAUUGGACUGAAGACGAUUUAGCUGUUGGAUUUACCAUUAGAUAUUUAAGUAGUAGAACGUUUUAUAAUUAUUUAACCAAUACUUUAAAGUUUCCAUUGCCAGCAUUGUCUACCAUUCAAAGGUAUAUUGUUGUAAACAAGAAAAAAAGUGGCGGUUCCGGUAGAUCUCUUCUUAAAAAUAUUAUUUAAAUUAAGUUAUACUUUUAUGUAAUUCAUUUAAAAUUUCUCAGCUCACAUGAACAUGAACAAACUUUGUUUCAGUGUACACCUUUUUGAUGAGAUUUUCAUUAAAUGAUUAAUCAAAUUUUGAAAUAACUGGAUCAAACAAUUCGUGUUAUUGUUUGAUGAAAUUAUUUCAUAAAAAAUUUCAAUCUUACAAUGUUUUUGAAUGAGAUAUUAUAACAAAACUUCCAGAUUCAGGAAAUUGAUAUACUAGGUAUUUAGUUAAGAGAGGGAACACAUCACUCAAUAAGUCGGUGACUAACUAAUAACACAUUUUUUUUCCAAAAAUCGAUUUAUUUAUCAUUGAAAUCUCCUUCAAAAGCAAUAUAAUAAUUCCAGCGCUUCUCUAACUUCUCGAUGCCGUGCUUGUAGAAGGAUUUGUCUUUUGCCUCAAAAUAAGCUGCAGUUUCAACAAUUGCUUCUUCAUUUCAGCUGAAUUUCUUACCGGUUAACCUUUUUUUUUUUGAGAUCAGCGAAUAGCCAGUAGUCACCGGGGGUCAGAUCUGGAUUAUACGGUGGAUGAGGAAGCAAUUCGAAGUGUAAUUCGUUAAAUUUAACAAUGGUUGCCAUCUACUUGUGAAUCGAUGGAUUGUCUUGGUAAAACAGUGUUUUUUUCUUUGACAUAUGAUCCUUGAUUUUUGCAUUCAAAUGAUCCAACAACUCCAUGUAGUAUUUGCUAUUGAUUGUUUCUCCCUUUUGGAGAUAGUCGAUAAACAAUAUUCCAUGUUCUUCCCAAAAUAUUGAAACCACAACCUUUCCAGCUGACCGUUGUGUCUUUGGACACUUCGGACGUGGUUCACCAGCUGUAGUCCACUCAGAUUCCGGAGUGAGGUUAUGGAUUCGUGUUGUAUCCAUUCUCACAAAUCGACGCAAAAAAUCUAGUUAUUUUAAUUUACGAUUAGAUAUAAUCAAUUUUUGGACUUUUUUGAUGAUGAUUUUUGACCUCAAUCGGACGACCAGAACGUUCACCAUUAUCGGUAUCUGUACGGCCACGUUUAAAUUUAGCAAACCAAUAACAAACGGCUCUUUGCGAAGGUGCAGAGUAGUUUUGAAGUUGAGCUAAUACAGUAUUUUUUUGUAUCAAGAAGCAAUGAUAAAUUAACACAUGAAAUUGUUUUGAAAACAACAAAAGAGUAGCUUCAUUUUUUUCUGACCAAUCGAAAAAUCAUGAACGUCAUUUGGAUUUGACAAUGGCAGCGCCAUCUGUGUGUCAGUCACACUACUUAUUGAGUGAUGUUAUAACUGUAUCUCAGAAUCAUACAAUUGAGAAAAAGGCUACUGGAAAUUAUUUUCGAAUUCCCAUCUCCGAUAGGGAGUAUAGGUUAAAAUAAUAACCCAAAAAACAUCAUUUUAUAACUGCAAAGUUAUAGUACAGCAAAAUUUAGAUAAUCUUAAUCAUUUUAUGUAAAUUUGCUUUACAUUGUGAAAUCACCACAGUGAGAACUGUAUCGGAAAGAAUGAAACAGUUUGAGUAGAUAGAGAAUUCUGGAGAAAAAUCAAUUCAAUACCGAAUACAUAGAGAGAUGAAAAAACACCAGUUUAUAGUAGAAUAGUGGAUGGCCACUUGAAAUUACCAAAGGCCGAUGUCUUUUGAAAAGCCGAUCAGGCGUUUUGACUUGAACCUUUUGACUGUGAGUCCUAACUAGCCGAAGAGGGAGAAACUGCGGUUUCGCGUAGCUAGCACUGGAUUUAAAGUGGGUACAGUUUUACGGCAUUUGGAGGUAACUCGUUUAAUGAGCGUAGAACCAGGGGUUCUUGACAUCUUAACAUGAUUUAUCUGUACCUCUGGGUUCGAGGUACCUUGGGAUCCGGGGCCGUUAAACAAUGAGCUGUAUCGGUACCCUUGGGCUUCCUUGUUCUUUUUUUCUCCGCACUACUGAUGUUGCGGUAUUUUAACUGGAUCAUGUCAAAAGCACCACCGGUCAGAGCUUCGACAUCGGUAGAAACUGAUGCUUUAGAAGUUCUGUGGUCGCUGUCGGGGAAAUUGAGAGCUUUUGGUGGGAAGAGGAGGAUUUGAUAUGGUCCCUGCUUUUGCAGGGCACUUGGAAUUUUGUUGGGGUUAUUUAAUCCAGCUGAGAGGCCAUUUAAAAAGGCAUGCCUCGAAGAAUUUAUAGAUUCAUCAACCCAAAUUUUGGACUUAGUGUGCCUGCGUUUACCCACGUUCCGUCAAGGUAAUAAAUUUUCCUAUUCCCUCUUCUAUAGGGCCUUAUUUUCAUUAAACACUGUCGUUGCAUUAUACUAUUUUCAAUUUCUCAAACAAUAGACCGUUUCUCCUUUUUUGUUUUAAAUUUAAAACUUAUUUAUUUUUAACAUGUCUUAAAUGUUGAAUUUUUGAAAUUUGACAGCUUAUAUCAAUAAUUUUCUUCGUGAUGGUAUAGUUUUGUAGCUGAAAAAGAAUGCUUUUGUUCAUAUUAUCACAUUAUUGCAGAAACACUUGAAAGAGCCACUCCAGCAAUGUUUUUGAAUUAAUGUUACUUUUCUCACUUCGAUUUUGUAAAUGUUCAAAAUUACAUUUUUUACAUUAAUAUUAAAA